GGCCUCUUCCGGAAAUCGGCCAUCAUUGAAGCACAAUGGGUCGUGUUAUCAGAUCCCAGAGAAAGGGUCCUGGGGGCAUCUUCAAGGCCCACACAAGAACCAGGAAAGGAAAGGCCGCUCUUAGACCUGUGGACUUUGCUGAACGUCAUGGAUACAUCAAGGGUGUGAUCAGGGACAUCAUCCAUGACCCAGGCAGAGGUGCCCCUCUCGCAAAGGUGGCAUUCCGUGAUCCCUACAAGUACAGACAUAAGACCGAAACAUUUGUUGCUGCCGAGGGAAUGUACACUGGACAGUUUGUGUAUUGUGGAAAGAAGGCAUCCCUACAAAUUGGAAACAUUUUGCCUGUUGGAGUCAUGCCUGAAGGAACCAUUGUAUGUUGCCUUGAAGAGAAGGCAGGAGAUCGUGGCAAAUUGGCCCGUGCAUCAGGAAAUUAUGCUACAGUUAUCUCCCAUAACCCUGACACCAAGAAAAGCCGUGUAAAGCUGCCAUCUGGCUCAAAGAAGGUCAUCCCAUCAGCCAACAGAGCUAUGGUUGGUAUCGUUGCCGGUGGUGGAAGGAUUGACAAGCCCAUGUUGAAGGCUGGUCGUGCCUACUUUAAAUACAAGGUCAAGAGGAACUGCUGGCCUAAAGUUCGUGGUGUGGCUAUGAACCCAGUUGAACAUCCUCACGGAGGUGGUAACCAUCAGCAUAUUGGUAAAGCAUCCACAGUUAGACGAGACACCUCAGCAGGUAGAAAGGUCGGUCUUAUUGCUGCUCGUCGUACUGGUCGUCUACGAGGUACAAAGCAAGUCACCAAGCCAGGAGACAAAGAUUAAAGUGCAAAUUUGUGAUAGUGUACAUCGGUCUAUAAAUAAAACCCUUGAUGGUAAAA